AGAAAAUAGAUUCCUUGAGGCUGAUUUCAAGACAUGUAUAAAUGGCCUGUAACAUUUCAUUUCAGUAAGCAAUCUCUCUCGUCUCAAUAAAUGGGUUCUGAAACUCCUCUUCUUCCUCUUAACCUCCCAGUCAUCAAUUUCUCAAACAAAAACCUGAAACCGGGAGAGCCCGAAUGGGACUUAACCAGAGCUCAUGUCAAGAAAGCUCUACAAGACUAUGGCUGUUUCGAGGCCUCUUUCGAUAGAAUCCCUUCAGAGCUACGAAAAUCGAUUUUUGGGGCCAUGGAAGAGCUUUUCGACUUACCCUUACAGACAAAACUGAGAAACGUAUCCAAGAAACCGUUCCAUGGAUACGUGGGUCAGUACCCAAUGGUGCCACUGUACGAGAGCAUGGGAAUCGAUGACUCUGAUGUUGCAGCCAAAGUCGACGCCUUUACUGAAAAACUAUGGCCUCAAGGCAACAACAGUUUGAGCACAACGAUCCAGUCGUUUUCCAAGAAGUUAUCAGAGCUCGAUGUAACAAUCAGAAGAAUGAUCAUGGAGAGCUUCGGACUCGUGAAAUACAUGGAUGAACAUCUUCAAUCAACGAACUACCUCCUGCGAGUAAUGAAGUACAAAGGGCCUGAUACAGAGGAGACUGAAUUGGGGCUAAACGCUCAUACCGACAAAAACAUCGUCACUAUACUUUACCAAAACCAUGUUGAGGGUCUUGAGGUGCAGACCAAAGACAAUAAUUGGAUCAAAGUGAAGCCAUCUCAAGAUUCUUUCAUCGUUAUGAUCGGAGAUUCUCUUCAUGCAUUGCUGAAUGGUCGAUUAUAUUCUCCUAAUCACCGUGUCAUGAUGACCGGAACAGAGACGAGAUACUCCCUCGGAUUGUUCUCGAUUCCAAAAGCUGGAUACAUCGUGAAUGCGCCAGAUGAGCUCGUGGACGAAGAACAUCCUAGGAUGUUUAAGCCCUUUGAUCAUGUAGAAUUUCUUCAAUUCUAUUACACAGAAGCUGGACAGAGAUCUCAAUCUGCUCUCAAGACUUACUGUGGAAUGUGAAAACAGAAAAUAACAAAGCUCUGUAUUCACUUGCUUCUCAGUGAUUUCUGUAUUACCCCUUUUACAUUACCAAGAAGAAACUCACUAGAAGAAAUAAAAUUUCAGAUUUAAAUUUCAACAAA